CCCCACUCAAGCUCGAUUCCGGAGACGCUUAAAAGCUUAAAAAGGGCGGGCUUCGUCAGUCACAAGGCCAGCUUCUCGACAUCAGUCCAAAGGCAGAAUGGCGAGAAGACUCCUUCCAGCUUCGGUGCAGGCUCAACUGGCGACGAAGUUCAGCGCCCUGCACAACGCAUCGUCCAACACCAAUGGCACUCUACUCCUCCUCAACGUGACCGAACCCUCGCACGUGAAGGUUGCGCUCGAGCAAAACGGGCAAGCAGGUGCGCAGCGGACAAUCCAAGCGUUCGCCACGGCCUCGUAUGGCGUAGCGCUCACCGCCAACACGACCGACGACGACCUCACGUGGAAAGACAACCGGCGGCUGAGCACCGAGAUCGGAAAGGCCGUGUUUGCCUCCACAAAGGCAGAUCCCAUCCCCUUUUCGGUGGACAUUCAAGAGGGAUACGGAGACGAGCUCGAAAGCGUCAUUGAAUCAGUCAUUGUGGAUGCGGGGGCCGUGGGCGUGAAUCUGGAAGACGCCAUCCGAGCAACGGCAUCCGAGCCCUCCAAGCUCAUGGAGACAAGCGAGGCAGUCGAGCGUAUCAAGAGGACGAAAGCCAAGGCAAAGGAACUGGGCGUUCCUGACUUUGUCAUCAACGCACGCACGGACGCUCUCAUUGUCGGAUCAACGGUCGAUGAGGCGAUCAAGCGCGGCAAGCUCUACCUCGAAGCGGGCGCCACGGUCGUCUUCGUCUGGGGAGGCAGCCAACGAGGCGUGAGCACAGACGAGGUGAAGCGCCUCGCCAAGGAACUCGACGGCAGGCUCAACCUCAGCCUCAAGCCCGGCGGGCUGACGCUCGGUGAACUGAGCGACAUUGGGAUCGCGCGUGCGUCUCUCGGGCCACAGCUUCUGUUCAAGCAGCGCGAAGGAGGCGAAAAGCUGGUUGCAAGCUCGGUCCAGAACCUGUUGAAGCUCGGCAAGAUCAACUCGUAGCUGCGAAUGAAUGAGAAAGUGUAUAUACAAUCUCAGUGGCACUGCAGUGUGCUGCCACUGUGCGAAGUAAAUGUUAUCGGCUGAAUGUGCAUGCGUCAUG